AUGAAAGAAGGCAUUGGACCGUACAUCGUUGGUGGAUUCGAAGCUGAACGCGGAGAGUAUCCAUUCAUGGUCUCUUUGUCAGCGACUGCAGCGCCAAAUAAUCAUUUCUGCGGUGGAUCGAUGAUCCACGAAUCAUGGGCAAUGACAGCCGGGCAUUGCAUAGCCUAUUCUACAAUUUACGUUGUGAUACGUGAAUAUGACACCGAUGAACCCACUGAACAGCCGCAGAUGCCCGAUGAGGAGUCCAUUCUUGUGAAACAACAAAUUCGACAUCCGGACUAUUAUGUGACAACAAAUGGUGGAAGUGAAAACGACAUCGCGCUGCUCAAACUCAGCAAAUCGGUUACUUGGGACAACUUCGUACAGCCCAUUUGUUUACCAACGCCUGAUUAUCCGACGGACGGCGUAAAGGCUGUUGUUGCCGGCUGGGGAAGACUCGUUUAUGACGGUAUCUCAGCGAGUGUUCUUCGCAAAGUCACACUGCCAGUGAUCUCUAAUUUGGCCUGUCGAGUCCUGAUGAGCUUGAAUAUGUUUGGAGGAUUCAACAUAAAAGACACUGAAUUGUGUGCUGGAUGGUUCGGAUUUAGAGACUCCUGUCAGGGUGACAGCGGAGGUCCCUUAUUCGUCAAGGACGCUGGGAAAUUCACUGAAAUCGGCAUCGUUUCGGAAGGAUUUUUAUGCGCAAUUCCACUGAACCCGGGAGUUUAUACCCGAGUUUCAAAGUUUGUCGAUUGGAUACAGCAAACUGUGAAUAAUGCAUGA